CAUCGAACGGACCCCAACUCAUUGCCUCCUCCUCUUUCCCUAACUUCCAUGAUUCCCAAGCUCUUCAUCUCUGUCUCUUCUCUUCAACUAAAGCUAGACCUUACCCUUUUAACAACUCUUUCGUCUCUGCUGCCUCUUUACGUUGCUUCACAGAGCAAAUGUUCAUGAUCCUGCUCUGAAGAUUAAACACAGGCAAUUGGAUUACUGCAACUUCUGUUUAGUUUGACUUAUCGUUCAUGGCGGAUUCGGACAACGACUCUGGAGGACCUCAUAACCCAUCAACCACCUCCAACACUAACGACCUUUCUUCCCCAAGAGAACAAGAUCGUUUCUUGCCUAUAGCCAACGUUAGCAGGAUCAUGAAAAAGGCACUCCCUGCAAAUGCUAAAAUCUCCAAAGACGCUAAAGAGACAGUUCAGGAAUGCGUCUCUGAGUUCAUAAGCUUCAUUACUGGUGAAGCUUCGGAUAAGUGCCAGAGAGAGAAGAGGAAGACCAUCAACGGCGAUGAUCUCCUCUGGGCUAUGACCACUUUGGGCUUUGAAGAGUAUGUCGAACCUUUGAAGGUUUACUUGCAGAGGUUUAGAGAAACGGAAGGAGAGAAAACUGCUGUUGCGCGUGAUAAGGACGCUCCUGGUAAUGGCGGUGGGUUUGCUGUCGAGGGCUAUGCUGGUGGGUACCAUAGCCACGUGUACGGGUCCGGUGGUGGGUUUUAUAAUCAGAUGGGCGGAGUUGGCUUGGGGAAAGGUAGUGGGCCGAGCUAUAGUGGUUCUAGGCCUAAUUAGCUUUAAAUGAUGGGCCUAGUCUCUCAGAUUGCCGCGUGCUGAUGAAUGGUGACGUCAUUGGGAAUGGGUUUUAUUUGUGUGUUGCUGGAUGCAUGUUUUAUACAUCUGAAUCUGAUAUUGAUAGUGAUGGUGAUGAUGAUGAUUGAUAAUGAUAUUAUUAUAAAUUUUACCA